AUGUGUCCCGGCGGCAGGUACGCGGGCCUUGACCUCCCCGCCGGCGCCGGCGCGGGGGACCUGCGGCCGGCGUUCGACGUGCUGGACGCGGACCACGACGGCCGCAUCAGCCGCGACGACCUCAAGACCUUCUACGCCAACGCGGGCGCCACCGACGAGCGCUUCGACGACGACGACAUCGAGGCCAUGAUCACCGCCGCCGACGCCGACCUCGACGGCUUCGUGCAGUACCACGAGUUCGAGGGCCUCCUUGGCCGCGCAGCUAAGGCGGGGGCGGACAGCGGCUGCCGCUCGGCGAUGGAGGACGCCUUCCGGCUAAUGGACCGCGACGGGGACGGCAAGGUCGGGUUCGAGGACCUCAAGGCCUACCUCGGGUGGGCCGGGAUGCCGGUCGCCGACGACGAGAUCCGCGCCAUGAUAAGUAUGGCUGGUGACGGCGACAGCGGCGUGGGGCUCGAGGCGCUCGCCAGAAUACUCGCCGUGGACUUUGAUGCCAUCGUCUGA